AUGAAUGGCCAAAGUGGUUAUGUACCGGCGACUUAUAUUCCAUUGGGACAAUCGGAUUCUGAACCAGAGAAUGUUCCACUAGCCAAGGCAGAAAAUCAUGCUCCUCGUUCUCAAUUCGUGGGUGAUAGACCAACAAGGUGGUCAUCUGGAAUCUGUGCUUGUGGUGAUGAUACACCGAGCUGUUUAAUCGACUGUUUAUGCCCAUGCACUUGUUCACCAAGAAUGCAGAAUUCUUGGGAUCUGGAACACUGA